AUGCAGAGACGUCGCAGAUUACGUAGAGUUGCGAUUCCCAACAGUCAGGCACUCUCUCUCUUGGGAAGGGAUCUUCGUGAGGCGCAUCUGCAGGUUCUUUUAGGAGGCAGUGGAUAUCGAUCGAGCAAUGCAAAUUCAUCUAAUGCAGUUACUGAUCCAUUCCUUUCCUCUCUUAUUUUGAAUUUCCCUUCAUCUAAAUCAAAAGACAUUUUGAAAUCCGUGUUAUCCAGUGCUGAUGACAGUUCCGUUAAGAGUGUGACAUCAUCGCAUAUAUGGAAAGCAAGUUUUGAUCCAUCAUUGAGUUAUGAAGAGCGGGAAAAAAGGAAGAGACAGGCUGUCGAAAGAGCUGUUUUUCUCCAGGAUCUGCUAGUCUCAACUCUGUCAGUAUCUGUUAAUCUGUUUUUCUGCUGCUGUGUGGCUGGUCUGCUACUCUGUAUCUGAUGCUAAUCUGCUAAUCUGCUGUGUAUCUGCUGCUGUUUUUGGCCUCUGCUAGCACUAGGUUGCAUGCCUCUAUUUGAUUUGUUUGUAUUUGGAUUAGGUUGCAUGCCUCUAUUUUGAUUUGUAUAUGCUGUAUCGCUGCCUCUGUUGGUUGCUGUAUUGUCCAUG